CCUGCCCGAGCCGGAGUCUUUAUGGAAGCGGGCCGGAGAGCGACCCGGAAGCGGAAGCUGAGGAACGUUCUAGUGGGUCGCGCCAUCGGCGGGAGCAGCCGGCUGGCGGAGGAGCCGUUAGGCGGAGCGGGUCUGCGGGUGAAGCCUGAGCAGAAGAAUGACGACGUCCCAGAAGCACCGAGAUUUUGUGGCAGAGCCCAUGGGGGAGAAGCCAGUGGGCAGCCUGGCCGGGAUCGGUGAAGUCCUGGGCAAGAAGCUGGAGGAACGGGGCUUUGACAAGGCCUACGUGGUGCUUGGCCAGUUCCUGGUGCUGAAGAAGGACGAAGACCUCUUCCGGGAGUGGCUGAAGGACACGUGCGGUGCCAACGCCAAGCAGUCCCGGGAUUGCUUCGGCUGCCUCCGCGAGUGGUGUGAUGCCUUCUUGUGAUGCCGCCUGGGGCCUCCCAGCCCCAGCCCAGAGCACUGCCGGGUGGGGACUGCUCCCCUGCCCCCACAAAGGAAUCGAUGGCUGUUGGCGUCCUCACUCCAAUGUACUCGGGGGUCUUUUGGGAGUUCUCUCCCCUCACCGUUGCAGCUUUUUGGGGAUUCUCGCUCACGCAUGCAUCGCCCCCUUCCCCCAGACACACACCGUCACCUUGCCCUAACCUCCA